AUUGCUCCUCUUGUUUCACAGGGUAUUUUCUAGACCAGGAGAGUUCGUGUGUCGAGCGCUGUCCUGCCGGCACCUAUGCCAACUCUGCCACCCAGCUGUGUGAGGACUGCUCUCCUAACUGUGAGGCCUGCACGGAGACCAGCGAUAACUGCGUCAGCUGCUCCAAAGGCAGCUAUAAACUUUUUCUCCACCAAGGGAGGUGUUGGUCCAACUGCCCAGAAGGCUUCUUUGAGACGGCGGAGGGGUCAUGCGAAGCUUGUGACAGCUCCUGUCUGACCUGCGAUGGAACAAAGACCCAGUGUCUUUCCUGCACCGAUGGCCAAUUCCUGGAGCGCGGUUCGUGUCGGCUCAACUGCUCCAUUCGGACCUACCCUGCGGACGACGGUACCUGCAGACGCUGCCCUCCCCACUGCGACGUUUGCUCAGACGACAGAACCUGCUUCAAGUGCAGUUUCCUCUACCUGAUCCUGAGUGGUGUGUGCAAGGCCAGUUGUCCCACGGGUUAUUAUGAAGACAUGGAGGAGGGCCGGUGCGGUCAGUGCCACCACACCUGUAGCAGCUGCUCGGGUGCCCUCGCAGACGACUGCGAGACCUGCUCCUCCGUCACCCCCAAACUGUAUGAAGGGGUAUGCUCCGCAGACUGCCCCACUGGCACCUACUAUGAGAGCACAGCAGGGGAAUGCCAAGAAUGCCACCAGACGUGUGCAAGCUGCUCCGGUCCCGAGGCCAACCAGUGCACGCAGUGUGAGAAGGGCCUGGUACUGGACCCAAACACUUUGUUGUGCGGAGUCACGGGUGACACCGACUGCCCACCGAGGACCUACCUUCACGAUGACCAGUUCACCUGUAUGGCCUGCCACCGGCACUGUCGGUCCUGUGGGGGGCCUGGCCACGACGACUGCCAGACCUGCGCUGUGCCGACAUACCUCCACAACAGCACCUGUGUGAACGAAUGUCCAGCGGGCACCUACGUCUCAAGACAGGAUGCUGAUGGUUCGGCCCUGGGUUUCUGUUUGCCGUGUGACCACGUCUGUUCCACUUGCACCGGCACGUCACCUAAGGACUGCCUCGGCUGCUCCGCGGGUUACCUGAGCCUCCUUCACCUCUGCGUGGCGCAUUGUCCGACAGGGUACUACAACGAGGGCUCCCGCUGCAAGAAAUGUGACCGCUCCUGCGAGCUGUGUAACGGACCGGGGCCCGAAUCCUGCAGGGCCUGUCCCGAUCCCCUGCUGGAGCUGCAAGGCGCCGGGCUGUGCGUGCAGCGCUGUCCACGCCACUUCUACCAGCUCGGCCGCAGCUGCCUUCAGUGCCACACCAGCUGUCAGACAUGCAAAGAUGCUUCGCCUCAGAGCUGCGUGACGUGUGACCGCGGCAGCACCCUAAAGGACAACGUCUGUUACCCGCGCUGCGAGGAGGGGCGCUAUUUCUCAGAAGCGGAGGCCUGCGAGCCGUGUGACCGCACGUGCAGGCACUGCACGGGCCCGAGACCUGACCAGUGUCUCACCUGUCCGCGUGGCUCUGCGCUCCGCGCCGUGGAGAAGCGCUGCGCCCCCUGCUGCCAGGCCGGGGGGAACGGCACCGACUGCUGCGUCUGCGACCUCCGCUCAGCUCUGUGUGUGGAGGCCCUCCAGCCUGAGUUGGGAGUGGACGGGACAGCAGGCCAGGAUGAGUCACCCGGAGCUGCCGAGCACUCCUCGGCCGCCCUGACCGCCGCCCUGCUGCUGGCGCUGGGACUGGCUCUGGCCGCGCUGGCCCUGGCCAAGGCCCGCGCCAGGAAGCAGCUGUGCUGGAGCCGGAAGUACGAGAGGCUGAGCGGCAGCGCCGACGCCAGCAGCGGGCCCCACGGCGUGCCCGAGCCGGACAGUGGCGACGAAGCCGACGUCGUGUACACCAGCAGCGGGGGGUCGGUGUACCGACGCUACAGCUUCAUUUACGAGCAGGACGCACACGCCGACCGGGAGGCGGGUGACGGCGCCCGCCUCGACCGGUCCUAGACGGGUAAGCCGCCCGAGAGGAUUUAGCAUAGCUGCGGGUCCCCGUGGUCAAGGCCGGGAUCAGGCGGAGCCCAGAGCAGUUAAGCUGAGCUGUAGAGUAGAGCGCACUGGGAUUUGAUGUUCACCAUAUUAAGUUUUGAGCGAUUUCACAAGCUGCCUUUGACUGUACGUUAAAAGUGAAAACGUGAAUUGAAGAGAUUGUAGGUCCUGGGUUUUGUCUCAUUUUGCUGUACAUAACAAUAUAAUUGAAAUAAAAGCCUUUUUUUUC